AUGAGGACAGCCAGGAAAGGCAGCGUGGAGAUGCCUGCAUUUAUGCGGCAGCUGGUGAAAGAGACAGAGAAGCGGGUCAGCUCUUUCUUCAAGGCGGGCCGUGGAGGAGCAGCAGUGGGAGAGCCGCCAGUGGUUGGGGAGAAGGAGGAGGCCAUCCCCAGCCCCUACCUGGACAGGCCAGUCCUGGACAAGUUAGCAGAGGAGGGCUGCGCCCGCUGGGGCCUCACCUAUGCCCUGGGAAGUAUGCAGGGCUGGAGGGCCAACAUGGAGGAUUUCCACAACUGUGUACCACAGCUGGGUGGAGACCUGGCCGACUGGAGCUUCUUUGCUGUAUUCGAUGGUCAUGCAGGCAGCACGGUGGCACAGUACUGCUCCCAGCACCUUCUGGGUCACAUCCUGGCCACAGGUGGAAUGGGACCAGAGGACGACCCUGAAAAGGUGAGAGGAGCCAUCAUCGAGGGCUUCCUGCAAACAGACAAGCACCUGCUCUCUGUGGCACGCCGAGAAGGCUGGGAGAGGGGUGGUACCACUGUGGUGGCCACUCUUAUCUCACCAUAUUACAUCUACUUUGCCAACUGUGGUGACUCCAGGGCCAUGCUGUGCCGGUCUGGCCAGGUUUGCUUCUCCACUGAGGACCACAAACCUUACAGCCCUCUGGAGAAAGAGCGUAUUGAGAGUGCAGGCGGCUCUGUGACAAUCCAACGAAUCAACGGUUCCCUGGCAGUGUCCCGUGCUCUGGGGGACUUCAGCUACAAGGGGGCAGAGAACCGGACGCCCACCCAGCAGAUGGUGUCACCAGAGCCAGAGGUGUGUGUUGUGGAGCGCUCACCGGCAGAUGAGUUCCUGGUGCUCGCCUGCGACGGGGUGUGGGACACCAUCAGCAACGAGGAGCUGUGCGCCUUCAUCCACAACCGGCUGCGUGUUUGCACUGACCUGAGGGAUGUCUGCACUCAAGUCAUUGACCUCUGUCUCUAUAAGGGCAGCUUGGACAACAUCAGCAUCAUCCUGUUGUGCUUCCCUGGAGCCCCCCAGCUGUCAGCAGAGGCAUUACAUCAAGAGGCCGAGUUGGAGGACCUGCUGGAAUCCAAAGUAGCAGAGAUUUAUGCGGAGCUGUGUGCCAGAGGGGAGGAACCUGAUCUGCUGUCUGUCCUCACAGUCCUCGCAUCCACUGUCAUCCCUGGAUUACCACCAGGUGGAGGCAUACAGAGCAAAAGGAACUGCAUUAUUUCUGCUUACUAUCAACAAAGAGAGACACACAAGCCCACACUGCCAAAUGGCCUGGGGGGCUCCUGAGAAGCCCUUUUGGAUUUUUAUCUCAAAGGAUCCAUGGAUCCAAGUGUGCAGUUUGACAGAAAGGCAGCUGAUGAACAGACAAGGACGUUUGUUUACAUCAUGCCAGCAAGCAGAAUAACAAAUACAAUGCAAAAAUAGAUCUAAUAAUGCCUGAUAUGGUUUAUAUUUAUACAAGAAGUUCGUUUUGUAAAACUUACUCAGAGAAACCAAUCCAGCAACAAACCUCUGCCUCAUAUUCAGUGAACAGAAGAUACAUAUGUUUAUUUCAAAUGACAGUGAAUAGCAGCCAACUGUGAAAUUGUACAUUGGAUCAAAUAAGGAAUGUGAGUAUAUUUAGGGUUUUAUUUUAAAGAUGAUAUUUUAAGAAGUGAUAUAAUAAAAGAAUAAUUUUAAGGAAAAUGUGUUGACUGAAACAUUGUCAGUGCUGGCCAAAAGCUAGAGUGCAGCUAACAUAUAUCCAUUUGUUUCAACAUCUUUUCCCCUCAUGGUCGAAAGUGGCAGGCAAAUAAACACUGAUCAAAUAUUUCAUUCUACUAAUUUAAUCUCAACACAUACACACAUUUAGUCAAGAAAAAAAAUCACA